AUGGCCAACCGAACGUACAGCAGUGCAAGCUUUAUUUCAGCUGAGGAAGAAGAAAGUGUACUCAGGCUAGUAAGCAAUCCGAGCCCAGCAUGCCCUGAUCUUCCUUCGUUUCCCUUUGAGACAAUCCAUAUAUCUGGCAAGUCAGAUGCGUAUCAAGGAACUGCUUAUCGCUACGCUGGUGUCAUCAUUUACUCUUGCGAUGGAAAAUCGGAGUGGCAAACCGCCAAUGGCACCCGCUGUAAGAGUGGAUAUCUUGUCAUUAUGGAUACCUCAACCGAAAAAGUUAAAAAAUAUCAAAGAUACAGCCCGGGGCUUGUACAUGGUGCAGUUUACAGAAGCGCUUUUGGCGAAGAAUGUACAGAAAGGGAUGUCAACGCCGAAGGUUUCUCAGUGAUGAACGGAGAUUUCAGGAUGAAUUCGGGCGUUUUCAAUCCGGCACAAGAUGGCUACCACGACAACAAAAGAUCCAUGCAUCAACUAUCCGCACGGUGCAUAAAGAAGGUUGUUGAUAAGUGGAUGGAAGCGGCUGAUAACUUCUGCAAGGGCAGAAAUUAUAUGGUCAAGGACUUGCAGUAG